AUUAGAGAGCUUUGACUUAGCUUAUUUUACCCCCUAUAAAAGGGGUGUCACCCCUCAUUGUAAUGGACCCGAAUUUUGAAAUCAAUAUACUCCUACUUUGCACACUCUCUCUCUCUAAAACUUAUAUUAUUUCAUACUCUCGGUGGUUUAUAGCCAUCAAAUUGGUGCUCUCAUUGAGAGCAGAGGAACAUACUCAUAGGUUAACUCCCAAACGCGAGAAUGGUGCAAACAAGGAGCAACGUCCCCACCACCAGCCACGUCGUUGGCGAGGAGAACGCGCCGGGCAGCGGCAACGGUACGGGCGGCAUCGGCUCGACUCCGGACGCGGUCCAGGCGCUGCGGAGGCAUGCUGAGGAGUCCGCGACGUCGGAUGCUCGCUCGGCGAGGCCCGAGCGGAGCAGAGAAAGGCAGACAAAGGCCUCUGACCAAGGGGUAUCUCGGCUCGCUCGUGAGAUUGCCAAGCUCAAGCGCCGAGUGGAGACCAGGGCUCCCUACAGCCAGCCCAUCUUGCGGACGGUAACCCCGUUCACUCCGAGGGUAAUGUCGGUUCCGCUGCCGGCAAACUUUCGGCCGUGGCAGAUCAAGGCCUACAACGGAACGACGGACCCCCAAGAUCAUUUGUCUAAGUUCUAUGCUUCUAUGGAAGCGGCGACAGCCCCGGACGAGGUCAAGUGCCGAAGCUUUCUCGCGACGCUAGAGGGCUCCGCGUGCGAUUGGUUCAACCGGCUCCCAAAGGGAACCAUUGACGAUUGGGAUACGCUAGCGGAGAAGUUCUUGACGCAUUUUGCAGCCAACCGAAGGCAGAGGCUACCUUACUCCCACCUGCUCAACAUCUGCAUCCGUAAAGGAGAGAAGAUCCGCGACUUCAUAACCCGGUGGGAGAAGGAAGCCAGAGACGUGCACAAGGCGGAUGACCAAGAUUUGGUGGCCAUGUUCCAAGCAGCCCUUCCCCGCGGGGAGGAAUUCGAUGAUGCCCCCGACUCCGAGGACGUGCCGGCCAAGCGAGCCCCCACAGAUUCAGAGGAGAUAGCGAAGAAGAGGAAGAAGAAGAAAGGCUACACUGUGGGCCCGAGGACGCCCUCGGCGGGUGUGUAUUUCGUGGGUGCGUCCGUAGGGACGGGUCGAGAGCUGGCCCUCUCCCCGCUCCCGCACGUAGAGACCUAUGCGGUGUCCAGCGGCGCCAAGUAUUGCGAGUAUCAUCGCAACAACACUCAUAAUACUAAGGAAUGCUUCACUCUUCAGAAGGAGAUGCAGCGACUCAUCGCCCGAGGGCCGGCUCCGCAAGACAAUGGAGCAGCCCCUUCCCGGGGCCCACCAGAAGGGAGAACGUGGAGGAAGCCGACCGAGCCGGUCGCGGUGGCCACGCAAGCGAGGAACCCCGAGAAGAGGCACAUUGGGCGAGAGUGUGAUGAUCUAGACGAGGACGAAGCCCAAGGAUAUCCGGUGGGGUUCAUCCAUGGAGGAAAUAUCGGCGGGGAUUCCGCCGCUCAAAGGAAGAAGUGGAAGCACAUGGCCUUCGUCGCCAUGGUCCAACAGGCGCCGGCGCCCAAGCUCGGAAGACGAGAGCAAAUCCAAUUCACGGAGAAGGAUCUUCCGAACAUGCCGAGCCCCCACCGGGAUGCCUUAGUCGUGAGGAUAGAAAUCAACAACGCCAUAGUGCACCGCACCUUGGUGGACACGGGAAGCUCAAGCAACAUAAUGUAUGAGAAGACCUUUCAAGACCUCGGCUUGGACCGCAAGGACUUGAGGCCCGUGCGCACUCCUCUCUCCGGGUUCACAGGGGACUCCAUCGAGCCCGAAGGAGUCAUCACCGUGCCCGUGAUAGUAGGGGAUGGUGCGCACAAGGCCAAGCUGAAGAUGGAGUUCAUGGUUGUGAGCAUCAGCUGCGCGCACAACAUGAUCCUAGGACGGCCCGGCCUCGAGGACUUGGAAUGUGUGAUCUCCCCAUACUACUUGUGCAUGAAGUUCCCCACUCCUUUGGGAAUCAGGCCAACCUACAAGCCAUCCAGGGCUUUGGCCAGGUCAUGGCCAUGUGCCAGCAGAACGGGGGGAUGCCUUUCCUCCCUCCCAUUCGCCCUUCCAGGCGCGGGAACCGUGCCCCUACAAGCUCCGAUGGCGGUGACGUCAUUCCAGACGCUGAUGCCGCAGCCAUCACCUUUCCAGCCCCAACUAGUCAGCACCAUGGCCCCUGUCAACUUCACCAGGGCACUUAACGCUGCAGGGCCAUCGCGUCCCCCGCAGGAUACCCCAGGGGAUGACCAGGACAAUGAUCGGCGGAGGAAUAACCGGCCAAGGGAGCGGCAAACUGCUCCCGAAAAAGAGCACAUCGGCAUGAUCUUCGGCGGACCCGAGGGUGGAGAUUUAGCCGCGCAACGAAAGAAAUGGGUCCGGAGCAUUUACGUUGGAGAGGUAAGUGCUGAACCGCCCAGGCGUAAACAUACUAGGAGGGAGCCGAUCGUCUUUACUGACCGGGAUCUCCCUCCUACCGGUGAAGAUCACAAUGAUCCAUUGGUCAUCACCAUGGACAUUAAUGGGGUGGAUGUCACCCGGGUACUUGUUGACACCGGCAACAGUGUCAACAUCUUAUACCUGGAGACCUUCCAAAAACUCAGGUUGUGUCGAACACAACUUGAACCCCUCAAAACCCCUCUCUCAGGCUUCACGGGGGACACCGUUGAAGCUGAAGGAUCCAUAGUUCCACCGGUCGAACUAGGAUCAGGUGAAAAGACCGUGUGGAAGAAGAUGCGGUUCAUAGUUGUGGACAUCAAAUGCGUCCACAACGCAAUUCUUGGAAGGCCAGGCAUCAAUAGAGUCGAGGCGGUGAUUUCCAUGCCUCAUCUAUGCAUGAAGUUCCACACUCCAGGUGGUGUGGGUGAGGUGAAGGGCGACCAGAUGAACGCCCGGGAGUGCUAUGCCCGGGCAGUCAAGAAAAUGACCAAAGGGGUCAAUGUCAUCUCCCAAGAGAUAACAAAGGGAGAGACCCGGGAGAAAUUGGAGCCCGAGGCCGAGACAGUGGAAAUCGAACUUCACCCGGGUGAUUCUUCGAGGAUGGUCAGAAUUGGAGCAAAUCUCCCCGAGGAUCUCAAGGCACAGAUUACACGGGUACUCCAAGAAUACGCGGGCAUAUUCGCAUGGAGCGUGGCGGAUAUGCCCGGGAUAGAUCGCUCUGUUAUCUGCCACCGGUUGGCCGUGAGGGAGGGAAGUCGACCGUGGGCGAUGAUGUUAACUCAAUUCCGCAUUGAGUACCGGCCAAGGUCAGCAAUUAAGGGACAGGCCCUUGCUGACUUCCUAGUAGAAAUGACCGGUCUAACUCCAGACUUACCGGUCAACAAGCCCACUGAGCAAUGGUGGGAGAUGGCAGUUGAUGGGGCAUCCGGUCCUAGAGGAUACGGGGGUGGUAUUGUGUUCACCACCCCAGAAGGGUUCAAGAUCUACCAUGCAAUCGUCUUCAACUUCAAACUGACGAACAAUGAGGCAGAAUAUGAAGCUCUGACUGGAGGGCUCAGACUUGCCCAAGCCCUGAAAAUCAGCCAGGUCAAUAUCAAAUCUGACUCUAGCCUGAUCGUUGGGCAAGUGACCGGUAACAUGGAGGCGAGGGAAGAACACAUGGCACAAUAUAGGGACCUUGUACUUGCCCUGUUGAAAGGCUUCGAAGAGUUCAAGAUCGCCCAAAUUCCCAGGACGUGCCAAGUAUUCUACAAGUAUCCUGGAAACAAAUGGCUAGAGGAGCUCCCGCACAUCAUAUGGGCAUUCCGAGUAACACCCAGGAGGGCUCAUGAGGAAACUCCAUUCUCCCUAACCUAUGGGUAUGAAGCAAGGCUGCCCAUCGAAGCUGAAUUCCCCACGUUUCGGGAGUCAAAUUAUCAACCCCAACAGAAUGAAGAAGACCACUUGGCCGAGCUCAACUUGGUCGAAGAACGGAGAAUGGCCGCGAAGGUUAAAAUGAGUACAUACCAACAAGUUGUGAAGAAGUACCAUGACAACAAGGUUGGGCCGCGGUACUUCCAAGUUGGAGAUGAAGUCCUACGAAGAAGAGAAGCAAGUAGACCCGGCGACGGAGGAAAGCUAGCAAAAAACUGGGAAGGCCCAUACAGGGUUAGAGCCAUCAUUCGGCCAGGAACAUACCGGUUGGAAACUUUAGAUGGUGUACCAAUAGAAAGAACUUGGAAUUCCCACCAUCUUCGCAAGUUCUACAAAUGAUUGUAAUACUAGGCGAGGCCUAACUACAUUAUCAAUCAAAGUAAUGUUCAAUA